AGUGCUGGAACACCUGAGUGAAGUGGCAGUUUGCUCUGCAGAAGCUGCCUACAAAUUAUACCAGGAAAGCCUUGAUGUGUACCAUAAAGCUGGACAUCUUGUCAACAGCUUCCUAUUUUCUAUCACGGUGGAAAGGAAGGCACCUCUGUCUCAUGGAAUGCCAGAAUUCCUCCGAUCCAAACUGCAAAUCUUCAGCCUCGCUGGAGGUGUUGCUGUGGAACAACCACUAAGUUGCUGGCAUUCAUGAUAAAGAAAUCCCAUUAGCCCUGACCUUGGCUCAGAGAAUGAGAAGCUUUAAAACUUCAGUGACCAUCGGUCAAUGGGAUCCCAAAAUGGCUGCCCUUAACCUUCAGACCCUUAUCAAGGAGCAGAGAAUGAAGAUAAUGGCAAUGGAGGACUGUGGUGAAGAAGACAUCGCCCAACUGAAGGAUCUGAUCAAGCAACAGCAGAUUCUCAAAAAUGAGAAAUGGGAAAUAAAGAAGGAACGGUCAACAGAAGUGGAGGAGAUGAGGAAAAGGAAGCCUGCUCUUCAGGGCAGUUUGCACUCGUCAUCCCAGUCAGAGAGUGCUGGGAACACAGGAGGUGCAGAGCAACACAAAGAAAGGGCCCAGCAGAAGAUCAAACAGCUGCAAGAAGAACUGAGAAAGGAAAUGGAGGAGCACCUGCUAAAUGGGAAAAUGAGGAUCAAUCAAAACCAGGAACGUCUCAUCCGAAUUCAGCACCUCAAGGAAGAGAUUGGGAGAGAGCAGAUGGUGCAGAAUUAUUCGAGGCGAAUGCGCCCUAAUGGAGAUGCCAAGGAAGAGGGCCUUGGCUGUCAUGCUCGUGAUAUGGAAAUGGAAUAUGCAGAGAGUGUUAAGAGACUGUCUCGGCUAAAGGAUCAACACACACAGCUCAUCCAAGGAGAGCUCAAGAAGAUGGAAGAGGAACUCAAGGAAGAAAAUAUUGGGGGAGCAUCGAUGGAGAGUUACAAGCUGAGAAGAGAGCAGGAGAUUUUACUACUCCAGCUGGAGGCUUUACAGCUCGAGAGAAAUGAAGCAGAAGAAAGCCUGAAGACGAACCACCGCCAACAUGUCCAAGUGCUGAACAGGCAAAGAGCGCAUAGCCUGCAGGUGUUCCGUGCAUUUCGUGAGCUCACUGAGAAACAGAAGGAGGUUUUAACCCAACGCUACCAUAGCCUGCUGCUGGAGUCCAUACAAGAUGCAGUGCAUCUGUCAGCACGAAACCAGCAGUUACAGCUGGAGAAUCUCGAGCUUCAGAGAGAGCUGAGGCAGGUAAAGUCAGCAAAGAAAGUGUCCAAAAGCUGCCACCAACCUGAUGGGAAUGCGUCUGUCGACUGAGAAGAGACUGCUGGUGCUACUGGUGAGCUUUUUGGGACAUUUGAAAGGUGAGCAGUGACCACAGCAAGAGUUCAUACAACUACCAUUCUGUGUUCUGCUCUGAAAUGUCAUCCCAGUCCACUUCCACAAGCUGCUUUCUGCAAUACCAAGCUGGAGCUGGAAACUCUUUAAAGGUCUCCAGUCGUGGAAGAAACAUAAAGACGUCCUUCAUU